AUGGCCGGGGCCAUCGGCCAGCACCACCCUCUGAGCGACGCUGGGGCUGACACCGAGAUCCCCUCUGCUGCCUCGGUAGGGCUCGGAGAAGAUUCUUCGGACAGCGAAGCAGAGCAGGAGGGACCACAGAAAUUGAUCCGCAAAGUGUCCACUUCAGGCCAGAUUCGGACCAAGACCAGUAUUAAAGAAGGACAACUAUUGAAGCAAACCAGUUCUUUCCAAAGGUGGAAAAAACGAUACUUCAAACUUCGAGGCCGUACCCUUUAUUAUGCAAAGAACUCAAAGUCUCUGAUAUUUGAUGAAGUUGACCUCUCAGAUGCCAGUGUCGCUGAAGCCAGCACAAAAAAUGCAAACAACAGCUUCACGAUAAUCACACCAUUCAGAAGAAUCAUGCUGUGUGCUGACAACAGGAAGGAGAUGGAGGACUGGAUCAGCUGCCUCAAGUCUGUACAGACUAAAGAACCAUUUGAGGUGGCCCAGUUUAAUGUGGAACAUUUCUCAGGGUUGCAUAACUGGUACGCCUGCUCCCAUGCCCGACCCACCUUCUGUAAUGUGUGCAGAGAGACCCUCUCUGGGGUCACGUCCCAUGGCCUCUCCUGUGAAGUGUGCAAAUUCAAGGCUCAUAAGCGGUGUGCAGUGCGAGCAACAAACAACUGCAAGUGGACGACUCUGGCCUCCAUCGGGAAGGAAGUUCUGGAGAACGAAGAUGGCGUAGCCAUGCCCCACCAGUGGCUGGAGGGCAACCUGCCCGUCAGCGCCAAAUGUGUUGUCUGUGACAAAACGUGCGGUAGUGUUCUCCGUCUGCAAGACUGGAAAUGCCUUUGGUGUAAAGCAAUGAUACACACUGCCUGCAAAGAAUUUUUCCCUCCCGUGUGUCCACUUGGCCAAUGUAAAGUAUCUGUCCUACCUCCAAUUGCACUGAACAGCACUGACUUUGAUGGUUUCUGUACAGCGACGUUUUCAUUCUGUGUCAGUCCUCUCCUGGUUUUUGUCAAUUCCAAGAGUGGGGAUAAUCUGGGAGUCAAGUUCCUCCGUCGAUUUAAGCAGCUGCUAAAUCCGGCUCAGGUGUUUGAUUUAAUGAAUGGAGGUCCUUGUUUAGGUUUAAGGUUAUUUGAGAAGUUUGAUAAUUUCCGGAUUCUUGUUUGUGGAGGAGACGGAAGUGUUGGUUGGGUUUUAUCGGAAAUUGAUAAACUCAACUUGAUCAAACAGUGUAAAGUUGGAGUAUUGCCGUUGGGUACAGGAAAUGACCUUGCUCGGGUCCUUGGCUGGGGAGGUUCCUAUGAUGAUGACACCCAACUUCCUCAGAUCCUAGAGAAGCUAGAACGAGCCAGUACCAAAAUGUUGGACAGGUGGAGUAUAAUGACAUAUGAACUCAAAUUGCAACCAAAAUCUCCUAUACAUCCAGUUUCUCCAGAACCACCUGCAAGAUUUUAUAUGACAUUAUAUGAAGAUUGUGUUGCAAUGCAUCUUAAAACCAUCCUCAGUAGUGAUGAGCACUCCAUGAUCACAUCUUCUGCAAAAAUAUUGUCUGCUACUAUAAAAGACUUCGUUGGCAAAAUAGAGAAGAACUAUGAUAAAACAUUGGACAAUUCUUGUGAAGCGGAAGUCAUAGCCAGUAAAUGUUCUAUCCUAAAUGAGAAGCUUGAACAGCUGCUCCAGGCUUUGAAAACGAAAGUCUAUGUCUGUCCAGAACCCUCAGGCCUAAGAGAAGGCACCCUGGAAGGAAACCCCUUGCGACCUUCCGGUGAAGAAUCCUUGUGUGAAGGCAAGGAGCAGUUCACCGAUAUCUUCACUUUCUCACAGAAACUCAUCCUGUCACGGGCCAACAGUUUAAAGGAAGCUGUGAGGCAGGUCAUUGAACAGGUUGAAAAAGCUGCGCAUUACCAGGUAGGCCAGCCCGGUGAUGUAGUUCCGCAGUUACUAGCGUUACCUCCGUGUGAGAACUCUGCAAUUCAAGAUGGUUGUCGGAUAGGUCAAAACCAAAUGGAUUUCUGCAGCUCUGCCUCAUUUAUGGCAGCUGGGAGAGAAAACCUUCCUGUACUGAAUACCAGAAUAAUUUGCCCAGGUUUAAGAGCAGGACUAGCUGCCUCAAUUGCUGGGAGUUCCAUUAUCAACAAAAUGUUACUAGCAAACAGUGAUCCUUUUGAACCAGAAUCAGACAGUAAAGAUAUAUAUGAUGAAAAAUGCGUCAUGAACAAUUACUUUGGUAUUGGAUUAGAUGCAAAAAUUUCAUUAGAAUUUAAUAAUAAGAGAGAAGAGCACCCUGAAAAAUGCAGGAGCCGUACUAAAAACUUCAUGUGGUAUGGUGUCCUUGGAACAAAGGAGUUACUACAGAGAUCAUACAAGAAUUUAGAGCAAAGGGUUCAACUUGAGUGUGAUGGACAGUAUAUUCCUCUCCCUAGUCUGCAAGGCAUAGCGGUGCUGAACAUUACCAGCUAUGCCGGUGGCACUAAUUUCUGGGGUGGAACUAAAGAGGAUGAUAUAUUUACUGCACCAUCCUUUGAUGACAAGAUACUAGAAGUUGUCGCAGUGUUUGAUAGUAUGCAGAUGGCAGUGUCAAGGGUCAUUAAACUCCAGCAUCAUCGAAUAGCCCAGUGCCGUACAGUAAAAAUCACUAUAUUGGGUAGUGAGGGACUUCCAAUCCAGGUGGAUGGUGAAGCAUGGGUGCAGCCUCCAGGGAUUAUCAAAAUUGUGCACAAAAACCGGGCUCAGAUGCUAACGAGAGAUCGAGCUUUUGAAAGCACUCUCAAAUCUUGGGAGUAUAAACAGAAGUGUGAUCCUAGUAAAACAGUGAUCAGAACCCAUUUGUAUAUUCAUAAUGCCGUUGACUUGGCAACAGAAGAAUUGUCUCAGAUGCAGCUGUGCUCAGCGGCGGCCGAGGAGCUCAUCACAAGGAUUUGUGACGCAGCCACAAUCCACUGCCUUCUGGAGCAAGAGCUGGCUCACGCUGUGAAUGCGUGCUCCCAUGCCCUGAACAAGGCCAACCCCAGGUACCCAGAGAGUCUCACGAGGGACAUUGCCACUGAAAUAGCCAUGAAUGUGAAGGCACUGUAUAAUGAAACGGAGUCCUUACUAGUUGGCAGGUGUCCUUUGCAAUUGGAAUCGCCCCAUGAGGAACGUGUGUCGAAUGCCUUGCACUGUGUGGAAGUGCAGCUACAAAAGUUAACGGAGAUUCCUUGGCUUUAUUGCAUGUUACAGCAAAACGAAGUCGAGGAGCCACCUAUGGAUGGUGCAAAAAGAAAUAACAAGAGCACAGUAUUCCGUAUAGUGCCGAAAUUUAAAAAGGAGAAGUUUUCGAAGCAGAAGACAAGUCCACAGCCUGUUCAGAAAUGGGGCACAGAGGAAGUUGCUGCUUGGCUGGAUCUGCUCCAUUUGGGAGAGUACAAAGAACUCUUCAUCCGCCAUGACAUCAGAGGGGCUGAACUCUUGCAUCUGGAAAGGCAAGACCUUAAGGACCUGGGGAUUCCGAAAGUGGGACAUGUGAAGCGAAUUCUCCAGGGAAUUAAAGAGCUGGAAAGGAGCACUCUAGAAGCUGAAGUGUAA